AUGACUGCCUCUGACAGUGUGUACCAUCAGAAGACGUUGAACAAGUGGAUAUCAGAAGGCUUUCCGGUUAAAAUGACUCCUUCUGCAAUGUCCUUGAUGAACACACUUUGUCUUGAUAGUCCUGAUCACGUGACAUCUGGUCGUCUUUCUAUUCCUGAAGAUACCGGCGUCUUGCCUCGCAGCCUCACUUUCGAUGAUGACGAUGACUCACGUGACAGCGGUUUCGAAUCUCACGGGAGUGAUACCGAGGGAUCCCCUCUCAAUUGUUUUCUGUCGCGAAAAACAAUCAUCGACUUCAGUUCGGUCAGAAAAUCUUUAUUCUCACCAAAACGACCACGUGAUGAGGAUGACAGCCCAACAGCAAAGAGAUCUAGAGGUGAUGACGUCAUGUGUCGUGAAGAGCUCUAUAUUUUGGAAUCCCCCGAAUCCAUGAAAUCAGCUGUGGAUAAAAUGGAGGCGGAAAUCAAUCUGAUUGGCGAUGGCUCAAAGUGUCAUAGGCUCCCGACCAUCACAGGCCGACACAAGGAUCUCAAGUCAGUGUCCCCACGUACAGUCAGUCAACUACUGACAGGGAAAUACGAUGACGUCAUUUCCGGGUACCAGAUCAUCGACUGUCGCUACCCAUAUGAAUAUGAGGGUGGUCAUAUAGAGGGUGCCAUCAAUCUCCACAACGAGGCUCAAAUCUCGGAAGUAGUCACCAGCCUACGAGGGAGGGAGUCGACUCAACGGAACAUCCUGGUCUUCCACUGUGAAUUCUCCUCAGAGAGAGCACCCAAACUAUUACGCCAUCUGCGGAGUUUAGACCGGAAGUUGAACAGCGACCGCUACCCGUUCCUCUUCUACCCGGAAGUGUACUUACUGGAUGGCGGUUACAAGGCUUUCUAUGAACUACAUCAGCGACAGUGUCAACCAAACACCUACAUUCCCAUGCUGCACGAGGACUACGCCAGUCAACUACGUCACUUCCGGUCGAAAUCCAAGUCGACCAAAACCACGAAAAACAUAUAUUUGCGCAGUCGGUGCUUAGAAAUAGAUGUUUCACCACUUAAGUUGUCACUCUUUUGA